AUGGAAAACCCCGACGCGCAGGCUGGGAAUAACAGCGCAAUUGCCACUACACAGCUCAGCUAUUUCAUGGAGGAUGAGGACCUCUUGAUUAUCGAUGAAGAUGAUAUCGACGCUCAAUACUGGCCAGGCGGUGCUUGCGCGCAGAUUCUCAGCGAGGCGUUUUUCCAUGCACUUCAUGGAAUCUUCGACUGUUUCGAUAGAGACCAGUUCUUGCAAGAGCUACGCAGAUUCCCAAGCCGCCACCACGUCCUUUCCAGGGACUUGCGGAGAUGGCUUGCGCUAGCCAACCUAAUGUGGGCAAUCGCAUCAAAAUGGUUACAUCUGGCCGAACUAGCUGAUAACCCCGAUAUUGAAAGCCACUCAGUAUAUUAUGCCAGGGCCCGAGCCUUAGGUAUUGACCACAGAGUGAUGCUCGACCGUCAGGGUUUGCAUGGCGUCAAGGCCGAUGGCUUGCUCUCGUUCUAUCUCUACUUAAACGGAUCAAUUUCCAGAGCGUGGUCUUUGGUGGGUUUAGCAAUCAGGAAUGCAUCUUGCCUUGGCCUACAUCUCCGUGCUGUGGAUGAUGCUACCCCCUCUGCUCAACUGAUGGAACGAAGUCGAUUGUGGUACUCACUUUACAACCUCGAAGUGGUCAUUUGCGAGGUACUUGGAAAGGUGCCUUCAAUCUCUCUAAGUUACACUGCAGUUUCCAUCAACCUCCUUGAAAGCGUUCCAAGUCAAGAACAGCGAGACUACUCAGAUGAUGCUGAUCCAAGAGCGUUGUGGAUGAAAUUUAUCCGGUACCAGAGAAACAUGACACAGACAAUGCGUGGAAACCAUUUUGCCUGGCAAGACUUCCAGUUCAUCGGCUAUGGUGCACAUCAGAAAUAUCUAAGGAGCCGGACACAUCUUUCUGUGAUCAGUAACCGGAUCAUGGCACAGCUCUAUCUCCCGAGUCAAGUCGACACCUGGGCGUCAACGCAGCGGAAAAUCACCCAACUCCAUGGUCAGUUGCUCGAGUGGGAGAACAAUCUAUCCACCGACUUAAAGUUACAAAGUGACAAGGCCGUGAGCGCGGAUCCUCGGGCGAAAAUCGAACUGGUGACAUAUUACCACAGUGUCCAAAUGGUCUUGUUCAGACCUUGCUUGUGUCAUAUCCGAAUUCCAGGCGAAUCGGUCACCUCGAAAGAAUUCAAUCUCAUCAACGCCAGAAAUUGUGUCAAGGCUGCGGUGUCGUUGAUCGAUAUCUUACCGGAUGACCCGACUGCGCAUGAGGCGCACCAGCUCCUUCCCUGGUGGAACUUGCUGCACUAUCUUGGUCAGACCUUGGCGGUUUUUUCACUCGAACUCUCUAUGAACAUGGAACAUGUCAGCUCGACCAUGUCACUUACACCUCAGAUUCAAAAAGCCAUGUCAUACCUCUGGUGCCUUACUGCCAACUCGAAGUCAUCUUACAAGGCAUGGCGGAUCUUCCGACAAAUGCUACUGGUACUCGAGUCUCGUGUGGAUCGUUUUAGUGUUCGUGGCCUUCAGGUGGAGGCGCACAUUCCUGCCGGAUGGACAGCAAUCGAUGAAGCUCUACUGAUUGAUGCACUUAAAUCUAUAGCGAAUAGCAGUUCUUGA